GCGUCAUCUUUUUGGAUUGAUAUUUCUUGCCUCUGCGCUGGUCUGGACAAGCUAUUCAAGAGACAAACUACCCUCGGCCCUUAUCAUCCACCGAUCAGCUGUUUCGGGUCAACGAGCACCAGAGACGACAUCGAUUCUCGCUCCCGUUCUACCCAACAAUUGCCAUCGAAAACGCACGGAAACCCGCAAUACAUCCUAAAGAGGGAGAAAAAGAUCCAUUAUCGAUUUGUCACAGAGCAAUAUAUGCUUUUUUCUGGACACCUCCAACAGAUCGCAUCAGGCUUGUUGGGAGCUGCAAGGCUCCCCGUCAUAGCCGCCCCCGAUGGCGGACUCCGUGGAUCGAGUCUUUGUUCAUGCCUUAAACACCGUCAAGAAGAUACCCAAGACCGGAGCCUCGCGGCCGCCCCCUUCCGAGCGGUUACGGCUGUAUGGUCUCUACAAACAGGCCAUGGAAGGGGAUGUUGAUGGUGUCAUGGAGAUGCCCACGGCCGGGUCAGGUUUGCCGCCGGACGAGCUGCAGAAGGAGCGGGAUAAGUGGGAUGCGUGGAACUCACAAAAGGGCUUGACAAGAACUGAGUCAAAGAGGCGAUACAUCGAGGCCCUCAUUGAGACCAUGCACAAAUAUGCAAACACGUCAGAUGGGAGAGAACUCGUUGCCGAGCUCGAGUUUGUCUGGAACCAGAUCAAAGACAACGUCCCCAGCUCCGAAUCUUCCUCGGCCAAUCCGAGUGACCCCACGCAGAGCUUCAACCAGCCCAGGAGUGGCAGCAGCGACUUGCCCUUGAAGGUCCUCAGCCCCAUGAGCGAGCAGGACGUGGUCGAGCUGCGAUCCCGCAGGCUGGUUGACGAGGAUGACGAAGACGCGGUGGCAAGGGACGAAGAGGACCGUGCCAUUAGUUUACAGAACAGCCGGUGGUCCAAGAAGAUGGAACGAGCCAUCACCCAGCUCACGGCAGAAGUUGCCGCUCUCCGCGAACAAAUCGCCACGGGGCGGGAGUGGAGGUCGAGGAAGAAGAAGAGCUUUCCCGCCUGGAUAAAGUGGCUCAUCUUCGUCGUCAUGAAACACUUGUUGAUUGACUGCGUUGUCCUGAGCAUUAUACUUCUCUGGAUGCGGAGUCGAAAAGACCGGCGGCUGGAAGACAUUGUGAGGGCGGCGUUGCGGCUAGUCAGGGAAUACGUCAAGAAGGUGCUUCCGUCUAGAUGA